GAACUAUGAUAAUGUGUCCCUGGUGGCUGCUGGUCAUUUUGUCAACCACACUGUGACAUGUGCUCAAUCUGUGAUCACAAAACACUGCAGUCAGACGGGAGCAUCACCUGAUCCAGUGUAUUCUAACACUGUAAUCUCUUUUGUCAAGCUUGUCAUGCACUUUCUGGAAUGUUUGUACGAUCCUUACUCAGUCUGGAGAAAGCGGUUGAAGGGGUGGACUGUAGAUGUUGAACAACUUUUAUCCAAGCCAGCCCUUGUGCAUAAUGAAGUCAUUCCAUUUUUUCAUGAAUGUUUUCAAAAGCCGAGUAUUUCAGGAGAACUCCAGCUCUGUCUUCUUCACAUGUUUGGUGCAGUCAUGUCCGGGUCAUUGACAAAUGCAACGUUUACUGUCACUCCUGCUACACUGGAUGUUUUGCUGGGUGUGUUGUCCGGGAGGGCUGCCUGCUGCAGCAACUCCAGCCCAGCACAGAAGUCACAGAUCCAACACAUCAUCCUGCAGUCUAUUGUUGGGAUGAUCCACACCAUUCAUAAUUGCAGCCCUGAGCAGCGACAGGUUGAGGUGUCAGAUGUCAUGUCCAGCUAUAUGCAAGUGCUUUCAGGUUUAAAGAGCGAUGAACAUAACUACGAAUUGCUCAUUUCUAUGAUAGAAACAAUUUCAAAGAUGACCUUAUGCAACGACAGACUGGCAAUGCAGACUCUGCUGUCUUGUGAUGCUGUCAUGGAGGGACUUGUGUCCGUCAUCAAGAGAUCUUCUUUGCGGGGCUCACAAAUCCAAAACCUGACCAAAGUGGUGGUGAAAUGUCUACAGGCUUUGCUCAAUGGCUCCAGGCAUUCGAAGGACGUGUUUGUGAAAUGUGUGGGGUACACAGAGUUUCUGGCCAUCUUGCAGGGCUGUGGGCAACCGACGAAGGAGCUUCUGGAAAGUCUUUUGGACUGGGUUGUAGAAGCUGAAUAUGAGAGUGGUAAACAUGCUGUGAUCAAAAAUGCUCCUGCUGCUGUUGUUUUAAUGAAGUUGAUCAGUUCCAUUGAAACUCCUGACUUACAGAUCUGGUUAAGCACCGAGAUGAAGAAGCUAUGCACGUACAGUUAUGGCAAUCGUAUGGCAUGUUGCAAAGGGGGCAUGGUGUCCGUUCUCUUGAACUUGUUGUCACAGCAUUCCAAGUUACAGCUGAGAACAGUUGGUCAGAUGAUUUCCUUAUUAGAAAGACUCGGCAGUUUCUCAAUCACUGCAGCUGAGCUAAAGCAGUUGAUCGGCCUCUUCAAAACUGAUCAUGGAGGAAAGCAGUUUCCUUAUACCACUCGCCUGAUGAGGGCUGUUUCCACCAUGGCCAGAAGAGAUGGGAUCUGUGGACCUCUUCAUUUCUUCGACAUUCAGCAAGUUUCAGAUGUGAUCAACCUUCCUGGCAUCCGUAAAUGGCCAGGUGCUGCUUUCUCCUUCUUCACUCUGAUAUGCCUGGACACAGAGUUUAACAUGGAGGAUGAUGUUAAUAUUGAUUUAACAUCAUCAUCAUACCGCCGUCUGUUAUACAGCUUCAGCAGCAACAACGGGUGUGGGUUCGAGGCUUUCAUCACCCCAGACUACAGCUUAGCCGUGGCCACCUUCAACAAGAAGGAGUUUAGCACCACCACCGUGCCUGACACCACUUUGGAAGAUGGAUGUUGGCAUUCAGUUGGGGUUGUCCAUGUGGCAGGUCGGAGGUUUUCCAGCAGUCCUGGCCAUGUCUAUGUAUACAUUGAUGGGAAACUGAAGUCCAGUGUUGCCUUGAAGUUCCCCAGCCUUACUGAGCCAGUCACCAGCUGUAAAGUGGGGUCUCCUGGGUCCAGGGCCUACACCAGCAUCAUCAGCGAUAACUCAGGGGAAGGACAUGCGGAGUCACGGAAGAUAUCCCCUCUAAAAUCUUUCUUCGGCUUUGCUAAUCGAGGCACUGAAUCCAGCAGCUGUGGACCGGGUGUGUUCACACUAGAUCCCAACACCCAGGAGGAGAUAUGGGGUCCAACUGUGUGUCUGUAUGGGCAGCUGGAGUUGAUUUGUGUGUUUCAUGAUGUGCUGCAGCCGGAGCAAGUGAAAGCUCUGAGUCAGAUAGGCUGGAACUCUCUGUUUCAUUUUUCUGAAGAUGCUGUACUUGCAGACUUGCCAGGAAAGCUAGUGGCUAGGUACAGUGCCAAGGCAUGCAGGGAACAUGUUUGUACAGAUAUUUCACCAUUCCAGAACCAUGGAACAUUCACAGGGAACUGCUGUGUUAACUGGGAUAUAAAGGACGUCAUCAACUGCCUUGGGGGAAUACAAGUCCUGUUCCCAAUUCUGGAGAACCUGGAUCACUCAUGUCAGCUGUUAGAUCUUGAGAGCCCGAGUUCUCCAAGCAAGCUGGAGGCAGAUGACCUCGACUUGGAUGAUUGGGCAAUAGUCAAUAAUAACAGUUUGUCCUUAUCAGAACUGAAGCUGGAUCACAACCCAUUGGCAGCCUUUCUCACGAUGAUCAGGUACAUGCUCAAAGAGAAACCCAUCAACAAAGAUACAUUUGCCAGAACCUACUGUGCAGCCACGCUGGGCAUGCUUAUGCAGAAGGUGCCUGGAGACAUGAUGGACAUCAAUGUGCUGAUGUCCAUCCAGUACCUGGUGGAGGAGUGUGAUAACCGUGACAACUCUGUGGCUACCAAAUCCACCCUGCUGCAGCACAUCUACCACUACAUUCUGUUUGACUUCUCCCUGUGGAACCGAACCCAGUUUGCCGUGAGAAUUGGUCACAUUCAAUACGUGUCAACUAUCAUUAAGGAUGACCGCAAGUACUUCCGCAAGAAGUAUGGAGUACAGUUCCUACUGGAUGUCAUCCGGGCAUACUAUAUCACUACAGAUGCUAGUCGUCUCAAUGAGGAGGACAGCAAGACGAUCCGGGUGUCGCUGUUAAACCUCAUUAAGUACUACAUUUCCAGCAGCAUCCAUGCCGAGGAGCUAAAUCACAUCAUGAGCUUCAUCGUGGCUGUGAGGGAGUCCAACUUGCUUCUUGAGGCCAUGGAUCUGCUGAUUGCCCUAAUAGAAAGUCACAGUCGGAGGCAGCAUCAGCUGAUUGUCUUGUUGUAUGAGCCGGAACAAGCAGAGAUGUUGUACCAGCUACUCACUUACCCAAACCAGCCUAUCAUUUUCUAUGAGAAGGUGGUGAAGAUACUCUACCUGCUGCUCAAGUCAGAGAGAAUCUCAGAGAAAAGCAAGUCACGGCUACGCUUGACUGAGAUUGGACACUGGGGGCUAAUAAACAUGAUGACAUCAUAUGAUAUCUCAGCGCCGAUGAUCAAACGCUUCCUGGAACAAGUCUCCUUCACAGAAACUCCACAAACUUAUGGUGCAAUAUUGGCCAUACUUGGUAUUGUCCACAAUAGCGGAUUAGAUGUGAAAUCAGUAGCCAUCAAACAACUUCUGACAGUCAUCGUAUCAAAAACAGGAGCAGCUCGAGGCUUUGCUAAACAGUUGGGUUGGCAGGAAAGCAUUGUUCGGCUUCUGACCGUAGAGCGGAGGAGAAAUUUCUCAUCAUGUAGUCAAACAUCAACCCCAAACAAUUCAAAUGACAGCAGUAACAAAAUAACUGUAAGCAAGGAUAGCUUGAUCACACCAUUGUCGUCAGCUGACUCACAAUUAGUGCAGCUGCAAGAUGAUACUCUGGCUGCCUCUACCUCUAUUCCAGAAGCUUCGGUAUCUGUAUCAUCACAACCCACUCUCAAACCUGAACAAAACACAGUGACUGCUGCAUCCAUAGAGACCACAUCAUCAGCAACAGCUACUGCCACCAAGGAGGACUUGUCAUCUAGUGGUGUUUCUGCACUGUUGUCAUCAUCAUCCCCGCCAUUAAUUUUAGACAUUCCAGAUGCACAUUCCAGGUUGACCCCAGCUCCGUUGUCUUUCAGGGAACCUGUUAACUCCUGUGUCAUUCCAGAAGAGCUUCAAGGUGCACAGCAGCGACCUCACGAGCUCAACCUACAUUCCAUUCCUGGCGGCCGUUGCACAAAUUGCGACAUUGAAAGCAUUGAAGCAUUAGACCAGCUUCUAGACACUGAGCCAACUCCAGCUACGCCUCUGUAUAUAAAGAGAACUUUCUAUGAACUGGGAACUUCGGAGGAUGACGAUAACGGGUUUCUCCAAGGAAGCCGAAGCUCAACGGCCAGUAUGGAGGAUCUACUACAGGACACAGCUUCAUUCACUGACUCCCAAAGUGGGGUUGUCUCGACAAGUGCAAGCAACAUCUCCCUCUGUUCUUCCAUCUUUGAAGAGGACAGUGCCCUGGGGAACUCUGAGAUAUCAGUGGACACACUGGAGAUGGCGCCACCAUCAGGCAGCUUGAGAGACUUAGGUAGAUUAGACAAAAUGAGGAAACAGUCAGCACCGGAAAAUGUGUUUGAAGCUGAGGAUGAUGGGCGGAGGACUUCUGUGGUGCUGAGAGAAGAUGGGUACAAACAGGUCUUAGACCACAUUGGAGUGGAACUCAAUGACUCUCUGGAGCAGAAAGAGGAGCUUUGUCAGCACUUGCUCAUCAUCCUUCACUCCAUUAUGUGGAAGGGUGUGGAAGGUUCAGGCGUUGAUUCCUGGAAGGAGAGAUGCCAGUUGUUUACCUGGAUUGACGAACUUGGAGACUCGCAUGUUCUAAUUCGGCCUCCAGAGGAGAUAAAGCGCAGGCUGAUGGAGAUGCUGCUGCACAGUUGCAGCACCGACAUCCGCAACACUGCUGGUCCAUCUGUAGCCUCACAGUCAGAGAAUGCCAUAGAGCUGAUUCGUCUGGUACAGGGUUUUGUCACAGAGCCUGAUGCUCCGGCUGAGCGGUUCUCUAUUAGGUUGCUAGAAGAUGUCAUGUCCCUGCUAGAUGUCCUGGGAGUGUGGGACACGGACGCAACAGUGGCCUGGUCAGAGAUGGUCCACAGAGGCUUUUCUGUGUUACUGGCUUUCUCUAACCAGCUGGACUUGAAUCUGGUGUCAGCGGCAACAGUCAAGCUUCAUUCCCUGGUCCAGACCAAACUCAUCAGUAGCUCCGCAGAAGCUUCCUACAUUCUGGGUGCCCUCAACUUCAUGAUCAUCCAGGCUAUAGAAGCUAACACAGACAACUAUGCCUACCUGAUGCCUGUACUAAGAGCUUUGAUCGACAAGGGUCAGGAGCUUUUGACCAUCAGCACACACUUGCCUCAUCUGCCAAAAACAUCAUUGAGCUCCACCUUCUUUGAUGAUUUCAAGACAUAUGCUUAUAGCGAAGAGUGGCAGACAUUCAUCAGUAACUAUGUGGGGCCCCAGAUGACCCAUUUCAUGGAGAGCAACUUUGAAGAGGGAGCCCUGUCCCUGUCUGUGUUCUGGGCAGAUUGUCAUGAGGAGAUGAUGAUGAACCAUCACAGGCUCAACAGAGAGAUUGGGGAGAGUAAGCUCAGAUACAAGAAGCAGAUUGAGGAGGUCUACAACAAGAGGGUGGAGCAAGAGAAUCGGCGAUAUCAGACUACCUUGACACAGCUGAAAAACCAGCAUCUUUUCACCCUCCGGCACUGGAGAGCCACUAAACGGUUCUUUACUGGGGAGAGAGGAGCCUGGACAAACAGUGAUGAUCGGGUACACUGGAAGCUGUCUAACCAAGAAAACUUUGCCCGCAUGAAGGUCAGACUCACCCAGAACUACAACUUUGAAGACCACGUCAAUGCCAGUCGACUGAGGGACAAUGUCGGAGUCACCGACACUGAUAAUUCUCUGAGGUUGACGGAACUGAAGGGGGUCAAGGAUGCUCUAGUUUCCCAGGAGAACAUUGCUGAUGACACACUUGGAGACGAGGAGUGGAGUGCUAUCUCUGCUUCCAGUUCAAAUCUGGAAGAAUACACGGGUACAGAGAAGCUGGUGAUCUCUGCUGACUGUGAGUUGAUUACGAUAGUCAACGAGAUCAAAGGUCGACUGGAGGUGACCACUACACAUAUCUACUUCUUUGACUGCAGCCCUCACAGAGAUGAAGCCGGAGAGGAUUUCAAGUGGGCCUUGUCUCGCUUGAGAGAGAUCCACUUCCGAAGAUACAACCUGAGACGUAGUGCCUUGGAGAUAUUUCUUGUCGACCAGACCAACUACUUUAUUAACUUUCCAGAGAAGGGCAUGAGAAACAAAAUAUACAGUCGGAUUUUGAGCCUGCGGCCAGUGAACUUGAGCUACAAGGGUCAAAGGUCACCUGCUGACCUGCUGCGUGCAUCAGGCUUAAUCCAGAAGUGGGUCAAUAGAGAGAUUUCAAACUUUGAGUAUUUGAUGCAACUGAACACGAUCGCAGGCAGGACAUACAAUGAUCUCAGCCAGUAUCAUGUGUUCCCCUGGAUUCUGAUGGACUACACAUCCAAGCAGCUGGACCUGGACAACCCCAGUGUUUUCAGGGAUUUGUCCAAACCAGUCGGGGUUGUGAACCCCAGGAAUGAAAAAGAAGUUCGAGAAAAAUACGACACAUUUGAGGACCCCUCUGGCGUGAUAGAAAAGUUUCACUAUGGGACACAUUACAGUAACGCAGCCAGUGUGAUGCACUACCUUGUCCGAGUAGAGCCAUUCACAUCACUGCACAUACAAUUACAGAGCGGCAA